CAGGAUUACACAACAGUACUUGGUAGAGACUUUUAAGAAGCUACGAGCCAUGGCCCAUUGAUAUAGUGACUGACUCAACAUUGCAGUUUGGAAAUGAUACAGAAGAAAGCAUACAGAAAGAAGGAAAUUGAUACAACAAUAUUGUUAAUAAGUAGUGCUUAUGUAUGAAAUUAAGUGGCUUUUUACUUCCAGUAAUUUAGCAUAUUGCCACCUUUUAAAGUUGUGUUUAAUUUGCUGAGUCUGGUCCAUGUUUUCCAAGUGUGCAUUCUUACAACUUGGUGACACACAGUCAUGUGCAGAAGUUUUAGGCAUGUAGGACGCCAAGGAUUCUUCACAGGCCUGAUGUGCCACAACCUGGGGUUUCAGAGAGGGGAGGGAAGCCGGCCUGAGUCAAGCUAAACACGUCGACCCAUGUGUCUCACUCAAAAGCUAAGGUCAAGCUCAACAGCAUCUCUCCAGGCCUUUUUGCUCCUGGUAAUAUGCCCAGAGACCGCCGGCAGUUUUUAGGACAUCCGCAGCACAACCAGAGGCUUGUGGCAACCCAACUACCCACCUGGACAGGACCCUGGGCCAUGCUUACUUACCACAUCCACCCCUUACUUUGCCUUAAAUGUGUGGAUUUUAUUUUUUCAACUAAUUAUCCCUGGUAAUAUACAAGGGCAUCCAGAGCACAACCAAGGUUGCGUCAAUCCUCUUUCCUGCUCAAUGUUGCCCUUGACAACCACAAUUUUUGGCCCAAACAUGCCUAGAGGUUCUGCACAGUACUGCAUAAUCAAAAAUGAAAAAGAGAAGUAACAUAUAUAUUGUUAACAUGUUAGUUCUUUAACUAAAUUGAUAACAUGCAGACAGUUAAAACAAGUAUUAGUACAGUAUAAAAAAAAUCAGAACAAUCAGAAAUGAACAGCUGCUGGCCAUUUUAAAGCAAUCUUCAUUUUCUGUUUUCUUACACAUCACAGAAAGUAGUUAAAGUCAUGCCUCUGGAGCACAUUAAGCAGAGGGUUGGUGUUUCUUCCUGGCUAUGAAAGUUCAAAAAUAAAGUCUGUCACAGGACAUCCACAGGCAGCAGCAUCUCCACUGGUAAUUGGUGCACUCAUUCAAUGAGUAUUAAUUGUCAUAAAAAACAACAAAAGCAACAUAUGCUGCAGUAAAAUAAAAUAAGAGUAUGCUUCAAAGAGGCACAGAUGUAAAAUGUAUAAAAAAUAAUUUGCUGAUGAUGUUUCAAGAAUUAAUCAUGUAUAUUUCAACAAGAAAAAAAUCCUUCUGCUGUAGUGCAAUAAUGGGUAACGUUUAUUUUAGUUGGCCCUCACUUCGACUAAUUUCAUAGUAGUAAGUGAAAUUGUCGUGUAAUUUCUCCAGAAUAAGGGGGUGAUUACCUCGUGAUACAUUGGCAUUUUACAACUAAUAACCCAGAAAUAUAGUAAUACUAAGGAAGUGUUUAACAAUAUCGUAUGGGUCUUUGAUGUAGCUGGGGUGGAGUUUGGAAAGUGGAUUGAUGAAAUGGUCCAUGUAUUCUGUAGGAUGCUUAACUGCAGUUGCUAGAUAAGGGCUAGUGGGUUAGGGUAAAAUACCACCUAAUUACCAGAGAACUGCCACAAUAUUACGAGGAAUUACUUGAUAAUGAAUACCUUAUUACUAGAUAAACACUUCCUUCUUAAUGUUACUGAGUUAUUACUUGGAAAUAAUGAAUUAUUACUGGGUAAUUACCACUUUAUUCUUGAGAAGCUACUAAAUAAGUACAUCUUAUUAUUAUAAAAUUACUAGGUAAUUAGGGCCCACUAAAAUAAAGUGUUGUCCAACAAUUUUAUGCUGAAAUAUAUGUAUGCCUCCUACAUAUUUAGUCAACCUUGUAUCUUGUUUGCAUUAACAAUCCCCACUGUCUCACAACUUGCUUGAAAAAUACUUCCAAAUAUUUUGAGCUUCUCCUGAUAGCAAAACAUAGAAUUUCCACACGUUACAACCACAUUUACAAAUAUAACUCCAAAAAGACAAUGGUUUUAGAGCUUAAAAAAGUAAAAAGCUGCAUUUUUUCGGACUUCAAUAAGGCCUCAAUUUCCUUCUUCAUCCAGCAUCCUUUAAACUUCAUGUUUCCAAAUGCUUCUUUUGCAGUCCUUGCCUUAUUUUGGCUCAGACAAAGUUAGAACAAGCAUGAGUCACUGUGUCGUCAUCUCUGAGCUAGGGCAGAUCUCCCUGGCACCACCUGUGACGCUUUUCCUCUUGCCCCAGUGCAGGUGUCUGUAGAUGGAGUCAAACGCUGACACUGUGUAGCGUGCAAACAGGCUUGUCCACUUUACUGCCUCUACCAUCCACUGCACGGUACGCCCCACAAACGCCACAAACACUGUGGUGUAGUGUGCCAGCAGCAGUAGGCUCCUGCCCAGCUGUCUACCCUGAUUAAUGAUCAGGUUGACUCUUUGGUCGUGUCCUGCCAUUGCUGCAAUGUCUUUGGGAUUCUUCCAGGAGUAGAGAUCAGAAUGUCUAUUUUUUGGCUUAAGGGCUCAUUUUUCGUUUAAUUUUUUUUCAAUGCAAACCUUUAUCCAGAUACUCCCUUUUUUGAAGCUGGUGUGUUGAAAUUUGUGGACGGUCCCUUAAACACGCCGAUCCUGGUCGUCCAAUCAGAGCAGAGGAAGUUUUGUUUCCGGGAAUGUUUGGUGAUGUGGCUAUGCUCUGACAUCCAUCCGAGGAAAUAUACCAAAUAAAAAGCUUUACCUUGGAAGCACUCUUACAGUGCCAUCCUUAUGUUCAGCCGUCUGGCCACCGUCCUCCAGGAGCUCUCUGGAGAGGAGGGCCCAGAUGGAGACACACAGGGUAUGUUGGUGCCUCAGCUCCCUGCUGGUGAGAGUCAGACUCCGGCCGAGUCUGAGGUCCCUGAGGAGGCCUUGGAGAGGCUGGCUCACCUGGAACAACUGGUGGUCCAGCUGAAGGAGCUCAUCCGAGUCAAAGACACCCAGCUCGUCCAGAAGGACACUGAACUGGCAAGCAAAGACGCACAGCUCAAGAAUGAGAAAGAAGAAGCCGAGGCUCGCUUCACUAAACUUAAGCUGCAGGCCAAGGCCAAGAUGGCUUCACUCAACAAACAGAUAACAGAUCUGAAAGGACAGGGAGGAGAAGCAUCGAGUCCAGACAGCUCUUUCACAGGAGCCGGUGCUGCAGUCGAGGAGGAGCUCCAGGAGCUGAAGAAGAAGCUGAGCAAAGAGGAAGCCAACAGCAGAGAGCUUCAGGAACGACUCCAAACCACUGAACAGCUCCUGAAAGAAAAAGAAUUUACACAUGUAGAGCAAUUGCAGAAACUACAAGCUGUGAUUUGUGAGAAGGACGUGCGUUUCCAGGAACAGAUCCAGAAACAUGAAGAAGAGCUGAUGGGGAUCACAUCACAGAAGCACAAUGACGCGGAGCUUCAGCAGGCUCUGCAUGUGGCACAGAGGCGAUGUGAGGAGCUUGAAGAGGCCUUAAACUCUCGAUCCCAGGUCCUGGAAAUGCUGCAGCAGGAAGUGAGCAGUGCUGAUCAGCAGAAGCAGAUCUUGACGGCUCAGUUCCGGCAGAUGGAGCAGGAGCUUUCUGAGGCCAUCAAACAGAGGGAGUUAGAGAGGCAGCAGUGGACAGAACAGAUGAGCAGGGCUGAUGUAGAGCUUGCAUCCCUCCGAACCAGCCUGGAGGCCUUGGACAGAACCAACGUGGAGGUGGCGAGGCAGCAGAGCGAGCUAGCCUCACUGAAGGAGGCGGAGCUUGUUAGCCAGGAGGCUCUGGAGAGAGAGAAGAUGGAAGUUGCCAGGUUGGAGGGAGAGCUGGCUCUGAUGAAAGAAGCUCAGCUAGCAAGCCGCGAUGCCUCAGAGAGAGACAGAGCGGAAAUAGUUCGGCUUGAAAGUGAGCUAACAUCAAUGAGAGAGGCGGGCGACCAUGGCAGCCAGGAGAAGUAUGAAGUGGAUCAACUAGAGAGAGAGUUAGCUUCACUGAAAGAGGAACACAAUGAUGCUCUGAAGAAGGGGGAAAUCUUGGCUGAAGUCUGGAGACAUCUUCAACCUCUGGGUGGGGAGGAUGUUCAGUCAGGAGAGGAAACUCCCAUUCCUGCUGACCUCUCCUUGUUCAUGAACACGCUGAAGUCUGUGGAGACACAACUGACGAGGCUGAAAGAUGAACGCAGUCGGAGCGAGGAACAGUGUACUGAGCUCACCCACACCAUGGAAAGCCUCCAGGAGCAACUCAACAGAAAAACCACAGAGCAGGAGAUAACCACGGCUAAGAUACAAGAGCUGGAGCAGCAGAUGGUGACGAUGUCAGAAAGAGUCGAUGUGACUGAACCAUCAUCACCGGAUUCAUCUGAAGAUAAAAACGAGCGCAUCCUGGAGCUGGAGCAGCAGCUGAGCAACAAAGACAACGAGCUUUUAGCCCUGCAGGAGUCCCUGAGACUGGCUAAGGAGCACAGCUCAACUGGGGUUGUGGUUCAAGUUCAGGAUGACAGUACGGCUUCUAGUGACAGUCCUGCAGCCCUCCCUGACUUCACUGAGGAUCCACCAGAGGAGGAGACAACCUUAGUUGCAGAGGACACAUCAGUCCUCUCAAUUCCUGCUGAUAAUGAGAGCAGCCCAGAGCUCAUCGGACACCAGUCCGACUCCCCAGAAGAAUCCAAAGGGGCUUCCUCGGAUGAAAUGGUUGCCAGUAGUGAUUCAGAGGUGGCCCACAGCAGCUGGACCCUCCUGGAAGCUGUGAAUCAAGAUGGAGGCCAGGAGUGGCCCUCUGCCUUGCAGGACUUCGGCCAGCUGCAGCUGCAGUCAUGGGAGGCGACGAGCAUGGAGUCUGAAACGUCCACAGUUCAAGUCGAGUCCUCUUCUGUCAUUAUCAGAGAGACGGUGCAGGUUAACAUAUCUCAGCAGGGCUCUCUAACUGCUGAUGGGAGCAGCUCCUCGGGUCAGGUGUUUGCUCAGAUCUUAGCUGAGGAACUUCAGAAACGGUACAGCGAGCUUUUAGCUGAGCUUCAGAGGCUGAAAGAUGCAGCAGCAGAGUCGCAGGAGAAAAUCAAGAGCUUGGAAGAAGAAACGCAGGCCCUCACUGUUGCAAAAGAGGAGGCAGAGUCCCAGACUAGAGGUUUUGAAGAUGAACUCAAGUCAGCAAGAGAGGAGCUGGACAGUCUAUCUCAGGAAAGCAGCUCUGGCAUGGAGAAACAAAGAGUGGAAAUGAAACUUCUAGAAGAACAGAUAGAAAUAUUAAUCAUUGACAAGAAAACUAAAGAGGAAAAGAUCCAGGCUUUGCAGACUGAUCUGGAAGUGACACGGCAGGCUUUCGCUGAGCAGGAGGGUCAGGUCAGGAUGCUAAACGCUCAGCUGGAGGACAGAGAGCUCCUCUCAUCAGAGCUGGAGAAAAAGAUCCAAGAAAUGGAAAACAGCAUGUUGGAGUACUCUCAGACGUCAGAGCUCAACAAUGACACUUUGUCGAAGAAAGACUCUGAGAUCAGCGAGCUUUACCUAAGACUCAGUCAGAAAGAGCAAGAGAUGAUGGAGCUGAAUGACAGCAUGUCUGCACGGCUCCUCCAAGCAGAGGAGGAGAAGUUCCACAUAGACGGCGAGGUCAGUAAACUGAAGGAACAGAUAGUAGAGCUGGAGAAAGUCAGAGAUGAGAAGCAGAAAGUACAUCAGGAAGAGUCCAGCACUGGUGAAGAUGGGGAGGUUGUCAGUCUGCGAAAGGAGAAGGGAGUGCUGGAAACUCAACUGGCAACUGCAAAGAAGAAGCUCCAGGCUGCACUCAUUCAACGUAAAGAACUCAUGAAAAAGGUUGCAGAUUUUGAGGCAGAAGCGGAGAAACGUAAAGAGCAAGGUGGGACAGCAAAGGAAGAAACUCCUGCAAGCAGCCCAGACAUGGAACAGUCUAGAGAACAUGAGAUUCAAGAACUGGAGAUGAAACUUGUCCAGCUGGAGGAAGCGUUAAGAUCCAAAGAAGAGGCAUUUAAGACUCUUGAAGAGAAACUACGCCAGCAGGAUCAGGCUCUCUCUGAGGCGCUUGCUUCAAAUAAAAAGUUACAAGAAGAAGCUGAAAACUCUCAGCAGGCGUCAGACUUUUCUUCUGAAACAACUGCACUACAAUCCCAGGUGGCUUCUCUUGAAGCCGAGCUCGAAAACCUUCAGAAGAAAGUUCAGGAAGCCCAAGAGUCUCGCAAGGAAACUAUCCGCAAAGCUAAAGAGAAAGACCGCCACCACCGUGAACAGCUGAAGCAGCAGAAGGAAGAGUACACCGAGCUCAUGGGGCGUUUUGAAGCACAGGGUAAUGAGCAGGAAUUUCUCCAGACUAAAUUAAGAGAAUUAGAAGACAGAGUGAGCAGCGAAAGAGAAGAUGAACCACACAAAGAGUCAAAGGAAGUGGCUGAAAAAUUGGAAAAGCAAGUGGCUGGUGAUUGGGUGCAAGAAGAUUGGGUGGAUUUUGCAUCAUCCGAGACUUACUCAUCACAACAGCAAUCCAUUGAGCUUGUUCAGCAACCUGUAGAGAAAUCUGAGGCCAUCUCUGCAGAAGUUGAGGAAUCUCUGAAAGCUCUCAAAGAAGAGAUUGAGAUGAUGAAGAUUUCUAACACAGAUUUAGAGAAGCAGCUGCAGGAAACCCAGGAUAGUUUGUCAAUGAAGGAGGCUGAAUUAGUGGAUUUGGGUAAAGAGCUGCAAGAAUUAAGAGAGAAGGAAAGACAAAUAGAUGCACUCUCUGAGGAAAUUGAUAAUCUCAGAGAGAAGUAUCACCAAGCUGAGUCUUACGCUGAAACCCUGAAAGCAGAGAUGGAAGCUGCAGCCGAAGCAGCAUCUGCAGAGUCAGCGUCCUCCAUCGCAGCUCUUCAGGCUGAAGUUCAGGACUUCAAGCAGUUCCUGGACAACAAGAACUAUGAAAUCUCAGAGCUGAGUCUGCAGCUGAAUGAGCAGAACUCCCUCAUAGGCUCAAUGCAGGAGACGGUGUCUCAGAAGGAUCAGCUGAUCUCUUCCUUACAGGAAGAGCUGAAGGCAGAGCAGGAGAAAACUCAAAGGUUAGAAGUUGAGGUUCCACAGAAGCAAGAGGAAGAAAAAGACAGCGAGGAGAAGAUUCAGCAGCUUCAGCGCAAACUUCAGGCUGCUCUGAUCUCUCGCAAAGAAGCUUUAAAAGAAAACAAAACCCAGAAGGAACAACUUGCUUCAACUGAGAAACUCAAAGAGGAGUUGCAGGAGAAAAUGAAUUUAGCAGAGGAAGAGCUGGAGAAGCUGAGAGCAGAGAGAGCUAGGCUGAUUGAGGAAGUUGACCGGACAUUACUGGAAAACCAAAGCCUGGGAUCGUCCUGUGAGAGCCUCAAACUUGCCAUGGAGGGCAUAUUGAGCGAGAAAGAUGCGUUUAAGAAAGACUUGGAGUUGGCGAAAGAGGAGGCUGCCAGAAUGUGCAAAGAAUGGGAGGAAAAAGUUCAAGGGAUGAAAGACGAGUACGAGACGCUGCUCAAGUCUUAUGAAAACGUGAGCGAUGAGGCGGAGCGGGUCAGACGUGUCCUAGAAGCGGCCAGGCAGGAGAGACAGGAGCUCGCCGCUAAGGUGAGGACGCAUGAAGCUGCGAGACAGGAAGCUGAAAGACAAGCAGAAGAGGCUCAGAAAGAGGUGGAUACAGUGAAAGACAAAAUGAGAAAGUUUGCCAAAACGAAGCAGCAGAAAAUACUCGAGUUAGAAGAGGAGAACGAGAAGCUGAAAGAGGUGCAGGAAAGGAGUGGGACCAAACGAGAAGGCAAAGCUCUCAAAGCAGAGGUAGAGAACCUUCAAGAAGAGCUGGGUGCAUUGAAAGCAGAGCUGGACGCCACUUCGACAGAAAGGGACUCUUUAGGGCGGCAGGUUGAAGAAUUAAGAGAACAACUUGCACAGACAGGAGAGAAAGAAGUUGACGCAUCUCAGGCUAGUCUGACUGGCAGUGCAGCUGUUGUGGAAGAGGUUGUAACAGCACAGGAAUCCGAUUCAAUCAUGACCAAAGCUGAACCUGUUGAGAAUCAGAAUGAAGACAACGACGAACCCCUGUCUCCAGAGGAGACACCGGUUGGAGAAAUUGCUUCAGUAGAAGCACAACAAGCACAUUUACAAUCUGCUGAGGGAAAAGACAAAGCAGAAAAAAAUGAGAGUUGUCAAGCAGAGAUGACUGAAAGUGUUCAAGCUUUAUUGGAAGAUAAAAUAAGGGAGAUGGAGGAGGCUAUAAAGGCUGAAAGGGAACUAUGGCAUGAACAGGAGGCUAAACUCAAAGUUGAACUGACCUCUCUUGAGCAAGAUCUUCAGGAGAGUAAAGAUAAAGAGAGUCUUGUUGCCUCUUUAGAAAAGAGUAUCCAAGAGAGCAAAGAGAGGGAAAAGAGCCUGAUUGAGGAGGGCACAAAGAGAGAAGCACAGGUCAAGGAGCUUCUUAAAAGCCUUGAAAGUGAGAAAGAUAACCUGGAGGAGCGUCUCAUGAACCAGCUGGCUCAGCUCAACGGAAGCAUCGCAGGUUAUCAGCAAGAAACAGCAGACAACCGUGAAAACUUGGAAGAAUUAAAGAAGGAGGUGGAGAGGUUGGAGAGAGAGCGGGCUGACCUGGAAGCCAAAGUCCAGAACGAGAAAGACCGGGCUGCCAGGUUGGAGGAGGACAUGAGGCAAGCCCAGAGGGAGAGAGCCGAAGCUGAGGCCGAGUGUGGAAAGCAGAGGGAGCUGGAGCAGCAGCUGAAGUCCGUCCAGAGGGUGAAAGAGGGAAGUCAAAGCAGAGCACGUCAGCUGGAAGAGCUGCUGCGGGAGAAGCAGCUGGAGGUCCGUCAGCUGCAGAAAGACUCCAUCCAGUACCAGGAGAGGAUCAGCGAACUGGACAGGGAAGCUAAGGCGCUACAGCUAGGCCAUAAUGAGCUCCAGAAGAAACUAGAGCAAUCUCAACUUGAGACCAGCAAAACUGUAGAAGACUUGAAAAAGACUGAAGGAGACUUGGCUAACUGCAAAUCUGAGCUGGAAGAAGCCCAGAAGAAGGCAGGGGAAGCUUUAGCAGAGAAAACAGCCCUUGAACAGAAUGCAAAACAAAGAGAAGCCUCAUUGAAAGCUGAGGGAGAGCAAACCCUGGACUCUGUGAGGUUCAGGCUGGGAGCAGAGCUGAAGGAGAUGGAGCUGCGACUGGAAGAGGCAUACACAGAAAGGGAGAGAGAAGAGGAGGCCACACUGGAGGCUAGAGAGAUGGCAGAAGGAGCUGAAAGACGAGCCCAGGAGAUGCAAGCACGUCUGGACGAGUCUCUGGCCAGGUUAGCUGCCUUCUCGCGCUGCAUGUCCUCACUGCAAGAUGACAGGGACAGAGUUUUGGAUGAGGCCAAACAAUGGGAGGGUCGCUUUAAGGAUUCUCUGCAGGCUAAGGAGGCUGAAGUACGAGAGGCAGAAACACGGUCCAAAGACCUGGCAGAACAGCUCCAGAAAGAAACUGCCCUGAAAGAAGAACUUCAACAGUCAGUUGAUAGACUGGAGAAAGCAGACAAAGACUGGCAGCUGAGGUUUGAAGCGGAGGGCAAGAAAGUCACAGAGAUCCAAGCUGCUCUAGAAGAGGAGACUAACAAACUUCAGAAGACAACAGCUGAGCUUGAGUCUGCACAGAAUGAAGUCCAGACCCUGAAAAGUGAGCUGGAAAGUCUCUACCAGAGGACCAGAGCUCUGGAAGAAGCUGUAGGUCUUCUCCAGGGUGAGGUCGACCAGGCGAGGACGGAGCUGAGGGAGAGGGAGGCAGAGGAGAGGCGACUGUGUUUGAAUGUGGAGCAGCUAGAGACAGACCUGCGAUCCUCGAAGGCUUUGACAGAGAAUCUGCAGACUGAGCUGCAUGAGAAGGAGAAGCGAGAAGUGGAAAUGCUGGAGGAGAAAGAGCAAGCUGUUACUGAGGCUGCAGAGGAGGCUAGAAAGGAAGCUGACAGCAGAGCACAAGCAGCCGAAGAGGAGCUGGAGCAGAGAAGAGGGGAGCUGCGGGAUCUGGAAGAGAAACUGAGAAAAACAGAGGAAGAGAGCAACACCAGAAAAGCCAAACUGGACUCUUUCACGAAGGCUAUGGGGUCUUUGCAGGAUGACAGAGACAGAGUCCUCAACAUGUACAAACAACUGGAAGAGAAGCAUCUGCAGGUGAUGAUGGAGAAGGAUGGCUUGAUCCAAGAGGCAGCAGGGGAGAACAACAGCCUGAAGGAGGAGCUGCGCUCUCUGCUGGUCCAGAGGGAUGACCUGUACGCUGAAAAAGCCCACCUGUCUGCUCAGCUUCACAACUACCGAGAAGAACUCAACCAAGUCCUGACCAUGAAGGAGUCCCAGCAGAAAAAGCUUCUGGCAGCUCAUCGAGAGCGAAUCAGUUCUCUGGAAAAGGAGCGCCAGGACUUAGAAAGCCAGUUACAGAUGCUAAGUAAAGCAAGAGAGACAGAAGUAGAAGCAGACAGAGUGGAAAGAGAGACUCUUAGCCAGAGUGCUGAAGUUACUACAGCAUCACAGGUGAUUGAUGCUCCAGGUGCAGAGGUAGAGAAGCUGAGGGAGCAGCUACAAGCAGCGAGGGAUCGAGUGGAGACUUUGGAGGAGACUCUACAGAGGGAGAGACAAGAACAGGAGGGCAAGAGCAAGGAGCUGGCUGAGCUGAGAUGGGAGGGAGGUGUGAUGCGGACAGAGUCAGAAAGUGCCCAGGAGAGGGUGGCAGAGCUGGCACGAGACCUGCUGGAAGUGGAGCAGAAGCUUUUAGAGGAGAAAGAGCUGACAGCGAAACUGCAAGCAGAGAACGAGUCGUUCUCAAAAGCCAUGGCCUCACUCCAGGACAGCAGGGAUGAAGCAGUGAACAAGGCCCAAGAGCUGAGCCUCAGACUGGAAGAGAUGAGCAAGGCAGGCGGCCACACAGCACAAAGCAGCCCUGGAAACACUACAGGAGAAGUGUGGGGGCUGAAGAAUGCACUACAAGCCCUGCAGAACGACAGAGAGAGACUUCUGGAACAACUUCAAACACAAGCGUCUGAACUCAAGAAGCAGAAGUCAGAGCUGGCUCGCCUCGGAGCAGGAGAGCUGAUUAAAGUUAGCCAGGAGCUCUUUGAGGAGAAAAAGAAAAACGAAGACAUGCUGAGUGUCUUAAUGCAGCUGGAGAAUGUGGUGGAAACAGGGAAGCAGGAAAUAGAAACUCUCAGACUGGAGCGUAUGGACUGGAUGGCUCAAGCAGAGCAGCUGAAGCAGCAGACCCUCGCAACACUCUCAGAGAGAGACCAACAACUGAGACAGCUCACUGCUCUGCUGGAGGAGGCGCACACUCAAAAACCCAAACUACAGCAAGAACACUACCAGAGAGAGGGCACAGAGGAGGUGGAUAGUGCUCCUGGAGCCCCACAGGAGAGAAGCAACCAGCUUGAAAGCCAUGCAUAUAUCGCUGAAGUUAAAGAGCUUCAAAAAAGGUUGGAUGAAGAGAUGCAGCAGAGAGUGACUGCGGAGGAGCAGCUGAUGGCUGUACAAGAUCGGCUCAGACGGCAGUCUAAAUGGCACUCUGCACACGGAGAGGACCAGUCAGAGACGGCUGUUUUCAUCGAGCCAUCGGAAGGAGCUGUCACUCGAUCUCGGAGAGGUGGCCCGGGUUUGAUGCGGAUGCUCCGGGUGGCUUUCUGUUCCCGUCAGCGUACGCCUCUGCUGCUCAGCCUCUAUCUGCUCACUGUGCACGUCCUGCUGCUGAUGUGUCUGGGCGGAUACCUCUGAAACCAGCUCCCUUUACCAAACCUGUCAAUUAAGAGAGAGAGAGAGAGAGAGAGAGAGAGAGGAGGAAGUAUGGGGAUGGAAGUAUGACACAGACCUAACUCAAGCCAUCAAUGUUUUACAUUGUUUUGUGUAUUAACCAUAAACGAUACAGACAUUGCACUUUACAGAUAUAUAUCUUUUAGCCAAAGUAUGGAGUUUUAUACAGGAAGGUGUUAGUAUUGAUUUAUCUGUUUUUGUCUUUUGACUUUGAGGCCAUAUUUUAAUUUUUUUUAAAACUCGGAAAGACAGGGCAUGGAAGGGACAAGGUGAAAAAAUUUUUCUGAAAAUUUACAAGUACAUUCAUAAUCAAGUAUUUCAGUAGAUGGUGUUAUGUGCCUUUAGAUUUGGAUAUAAAAGGGUCGUUUAGGAGAGAGAAGAAGUUGGGGAUUUUAUGGACUGAGCUAGUUUACAUGAGGUGUAAUAAUUCAGACCUUAUGGUUUAUUAUGAGGCAGUGGCUGGUUGGUUGUUAGCUUAGCAUUGAGGCUUGGAACAGAGAAAAGGAAAGUUAAACAAAGGGAAAGCCUUACCGCAGACAAAGGUCACGUAGGUGGACUAAACCCAGCUCAUAGGUCAGUAAGUAAAAAUGUAUGUUAGGGCUGUUAAAAGAUUGAAGAUUUGAAUCGCGAUUUAGCUCAGAAUUUAUGUAGUUAAUCAUGAUUAGCACGUCCUGCUUACCACAUUUUAAAUUUCCACUGUUUUGCUUUUAGAACUUUUUUGUGUCAUUUUGGAUUUCCUUAAAAUCAGAGCAACUGACUUUCUCUUUAGAUACAGACCUGCUUUUAUAGGUAUAUCUAAUUUUAAAAUGGACUUAACAAUGGAAAAAUUAACUUGUCAUGGAGUGAAAAGGAUAUAAGGGUCAGUAAAAAGAUAAAUAUUCAUAACACAGGGUUCAGGUGCCUUUUCACUUGUCCAUUGUGAUUAAAAGAAAAAAAUAUAUUUUUGGGAAUUUUAUUGGAAAAUGGAUAAAAUUGAAAACAAGGAUGAGAGAGCUGGGGAGAGACAUGCAGGAAACAGCCACAGGGCGGAUUAAAACCCAGGCCAGCUGCGUAUAUAGGGCAUGCCUUAAACCAUUAGGCUAUCUGCACCCCUAAUGUGAUUUUUUAAAGUGAAAUGAGACAUUAUGGAGCAAUAUUUGACUUAUUUUACAUCACUGGCUGCAGAGAGAUGCUGAUGUUGAAAAAAACAACGCCUCAAAGUAAUGUUGGAAAAUUCGAAGGUCUGAGGGUUUUAUGAACAAAUGCACAGAAUGUCAAACUUUGCCGGCCUCACAAGCACAUACACAUAAAAUAUGAAACAUCUGAAGGCAUCAACUGUUUGCUUUAACAGUAAAUAACUGGUUUUUGCCCAAACGUUUAUCAUUUUUUUAAAUCAUCAAUCAAAUUUGAAUAUUUAACAUCCUCUUCUUGAAAACAUGUCUUUUAUCCGUUGAUCCUUGGCUAGCUGGUCUCCAGUCAACAUAAAAGAGUGGAUCAUUGUUAAAUUCAUAGUUUUCGACGUCUAAAAUCCUGCUGUAGCCUGUCUUAAUAUCACUUCCAGUGCUCCAGUAGUCACUGCUCACCUUUAAAAAAAUGUUAUCCAUCAGCUUUUCUGUGUGGUGACAAAAGAAGCUGAACCAAAAUCUUUUUUAGUCCAUCCGCAAGUGUAUUUUAGUGAAUCAUGUUGAAGUUUUUCAGUCUCACAUAAAGCCAGUGAAAUCUCCCUAAACAGGGUGGCUUUGCAUCAAGUCCUCAGUGAGUAUAUACUGAAAUGUUGCAUCAGGUCUGAAAGGGUUAACCAAAGGGACACAAAAAAAAAGCAUGUGAAUAAUCACGAUUUUUAAAAAAAAAAAGCACUAAUCUUGGAUCAUAGUUAAUCAUGAUUAAUUUGAUUAAUCUACAGAGGGAUGGAAAGUCAAUAUUUUACAGGGUUAUGAUGUCUUUUGCUGGUCAACCUUUGGAGAUUCCUUCGAGUUACUUGUUGAGACAAAAAAAAAGUGCGACACUAGCCUACAUAACUUUUUUGUAAAGACAUUCGAUAAGACAUGAGUGUCUUACCACGACCAGGUUUGUCUUCCAUUCCUGCAGUCUCUCUGCUAAGCUCAACCAGCUGACCUAGCUAGUUUCUACAAACCAGCUGUUGUCAUAUAUUUUGUGGACUAUCAACUUUAUCCUCUCCAGAAAGCUGCAGUGUAAGCAAACAUCCCAGAAUUUUUGAACUACCUUUUAUAAUGGCUUGAGGUUCAGGAUGUGCUGUGUCUCUUCCUCUUCUUCCUAUUCAAUGCACAAAAACGAGCACAGUGCAAUUUCUGUUCUGACACAUUCUUAUUGUGUUUUCUUUUAAAAUCAAGUUUAAAAAACGAUGCAUUACAUUGGUACAUGUACAUACAUAUCAGCUGUACGUGUGUGUACGUCAUGGGGUUUUUCUUUACCAUAUCCAGUAAGACUCUCUGUCCAUUCUUACGUUGCACACGUUGAGAUUUUACUUUAUGCCUUUAGUUUUUAUGGCAGUCAGACGAUGCUGUUGAUGUGAAAUGUUUUACUACAGAGAGGAUUCAUUCCAGCGGAGAAAGAUUUCUGAUUUUCCAGUUAUAUCCAUCCAUUUUUGACUACUCUAAUGUAGCAUAAUUUAUUGUCCAACAGUAGUCAAGUACUCACAUAUUUAAUCUUUCUCUGUGUUGUUAAUUUUAUGUCUUACUGUUGGUGAAACGAUCAUUACUAUCAUCUUUAUCAUGCUCUUCUUCACACAUUAACACACUGAAAUAUACUUUUACUGUAAAUAACUGUUAAAAGGGCUGUAUAGAAAAAUCUGUAAUAAAAGUGGCAGUGAUUUAGAUCAGGGACUGAUAUUAAUAAUGAAUAAUUUUCAUAUAUGUCUGUUGCAGAAAACCUUUUUUUUUAGUUUUUGUUUACUAUUUGGGUCCUGUUACUUUUUUAAUUCAGCAAAAUUACUUUCAUUAAUCUAUCAAUUACCAAUAAUCAGUUGUUUUUGUCCAUCUCUGCAAAGUGAUGAUCGGACCAUGUUCUCUGUUAUUGAGCUUUUUCUCAAUACAACAUUUUGAAGCUAAUAGGAAUUAUAUUGUGACCUACUGUGAGAUUUUGAUUAUGUUUUAAUGCUGGUCCCAAUCCUUUUUCUGGACAGGCAGAAAAAUGAUUUAAACACUGUUUUUGCACACUUGCUCUCACUAUCACAUUUCCAAUUCUAAAUAAAGUUAUUUUAUUUGAAUUCUGA